AUGAUUAAACAAGCAAUCAUCGUUGCCUUACUUCUUCUGGUUAUGAUUAUUCCAUUGGUAUCGUUAUCUGAUGAUAUUUAUUUGGGAAAAUUAAAAAAAUCUGCCGAUAUAUUUUAUAGUAUUUUCAUGAAUAAGCAAUUUGACUUAGCGCUCAAUUUGAUAAAAGAAAUGGGAACAAAAGAUAGAUCGGUAAUUGUAUCGCCUAUUUCGAUAUCAGCUCAACUUUUUGGCGUUUAUCUCGCAACGCAUGACGAAACUAGAAAAGAAAUAAGUGAAUUUCUUGGAAAAAGUACAAGUCGAUCAAUCCAAAAUUAUUUUGGUAAUUUGCUAUUUCGAAUCUGCGGUAGAAAAAAUGACAAUUAUACGUUUAAUAUAGCAAAUCGUUUAUACGUACCAAAAAGAUUUUCCAUAAAACCAUUCUUUUCAUUUGUAUUGCAGUUUUAUUUCAAGGAAAAUUUACAUUACUUCACCUAUGAAAGAAGAAAUGAACUUAUUCAGGUUUCAAUGAUGGCUUUAAAGGCGGAACAUUCGCAUUACAUUGAUAAUUUUGUGCACGUUCUCAAAUUACCUUAUGUUUAUGAUGGAAUACAAAUGAUAAUCAUAUUGCCCAAGCAAAUUUUUCAAUUAUCCAAUGUUCGAAAUAAAAUGACAAAAAGCGCUUUAAUGAGCUACAUUGGCAAAUCUAAGCCUUCUAAUGUAACAUUAAUAUUACCGAAGUUUCAAAUCGAAACCGAACUGAAUUUGAAAAAUCUGAAAACAUUUGGCGACACAAAUAUUUUUAGCAAAAAUGCUGACUUCCAAGGGAUUAGUGACGAUCCAAUUUCCGUCAGCAAUAUUAUACAUCGAUCGUUCUUUGAGAUAAAUGAAAAAGGAACAGAAAUUGCAUGUGAGACAGAAUCCGGUUCCGGUAAUUUUAACAGAUCUGGGUCGUUCAUAGUUGAUCAACCAUUCCUAUUUUUUGUUGUUAAGGAAGCAAAUAUUAUUCUUUAUGCAGGCCAAUAUGGUGACUAA